CCCGGGCUCUGUGGGCUACUGGGGCAAAGGGUGCUGGAACCGAGCCCGGGGCGGAGCUUCAGCCCAUAACCCCACAACCCGGAUCAUUUCGGUAUUAAACAACAACACCUGCAGCUGCUGCUCAGCACCUGCAGCUCAGCGCGGUGUCUGAGAGUCCGGAUCUAUGGUGCGCUUUUCUCCCUGCAGUUAGAGGCGCUUCCUCACAGGAAGAGAGUCAUGGAUAACCAAAUGUUCGAGUCCACAGCGGAACGUACCUUUCAGUACCAGCAGGGUCUGCCCCCUCUGCCUGUGCCUUCUCUGGAGGGAACGCUAAGCAAAUACCUGGAUGCAGUGAAGCCUUUUGCUUCGGAUGCUGAGUUUCACAACACAGAGGCUAUCGUGAAGCGUUUCGGGGAAGGCAUUGGACGACAUCUUCACCAGAAACUUCUGCAGAGAGCCAGCAACAGACGAAACUGGCUGGAAGACUGGUGGCUGGAUUCGGCGUAUCUGGAGAGUCGAAUGCCGUCUCAGCUUAAUUCCAAUUUCGGUGGUCCAGGGCCUUACUUGGAGCACUGCUGGCCCCCAUGUGAUGGCACCCAGCUGGAGAGAACCAGCAUGAUUGUGUGGCAAACUCUGCAGUACUGGGAGCUUGUCCGCACUGAGAAGCUGGCCAUCCAUAAAGCAGGAAACGUGCCCUUCGACAUGGACCAGUUCCGCAUGAUCUUCUGUACCUGCAAAGUGCCUGGAAUUACCAAGGAUACCAUUCUCAACUACUUCAAGACAGAGAGUGAGGGUCCGUGUCCCUCUCACCUUGUGGUGAUCUGUCGAGGGAGAUUCUUUGCGUUUGAUGUUCUCUGCAAUGGGCGCAUCAUGACUCCUCCUGAAAUACUGAGACAGCUGACCUACAUUAAGGAGAGGUGUGAUGGCGAGCCAGUGGGAGAUGGAGUGUCUGCCCUGACCAGUGAGGAGAGGACACGCUGGGCUGAGACACGACAGCAUCUGAUUUCCAUUGAUCCUGCAAAUAAGACCAUACUGGAGACCAUUCAGAGCUCACUGUUUGUUGUUGCACUGGAUAAUGCCAAACCAUAUAGCACCCCCGAAGACUACACAUCAAUGACCCUCCUGUCUCUCACCGGUGACCCAACUCUCCGCUGGGGUGAUAAAUCCUACAACAAGAUCGGCUUUGCUGAUGGAACCUUUGUUUCAAACUGUGAUCAUGCACCCUAUGAUGCCAUGGUCUUGGUGUCUCUGUGUUACUAUAUUGACCAGAAACUGAAGGCCUGCAAUGGAAAAUGGAAGGGUUCAGAGGUGGUACGUAGUGUCCCUGCACCAGAAGAGCUUGUGUUUACAGUGGAUGACCGAGUCAGGAGAGAUAUCGCACUCGCUAAAGAGCAAUACAGAAAAACUACUCAGGACCUGCAGCUUGUGAGCUACGCGUUCACCUCCUUUGGCAAAACAGAAAUCAAGAAGAGGAAACUUCAUCCAGACACGUUUGUGCAGCUGGCUAUGCAGUUGGCGUACUACAGACAGCACGGAAAGCCUGGUAGCUGCUAUGAGACUGCUACCACACGCCGUUUCUAUCACGGACGCACAGAGACCAUGAGGCCGUGCACGGUGGAGGCCCUGCAGUGGUGCAAGAUCAUGCUCAACCCAAGGGCGAGCAAUGAAGAGAAGAGACAAGCCCUCCUAACUGCCUUCAACAAACAUAACAAAUUGAUGGGCGAGGCACAGAAUGGAAAAGGCUUUGAUAGACAUCUCCUGGGUCUGUACCUGAUCGCUAAGGAGGAGGGGCUUCCUGUGCCUGAGCUUUACUCUGACCCUCUCUAUGCUAAAAGUGGAGGAGGAGGGAACUUUGUCCUUUCCUCUAGUCUAGUUGGCUACACAACUGUUCUGGGUGCCGUCGCUCCCAUGGUGAACCACGGUUACGGCUUCUUCUACCGCAUCCGAGAUGACAGGAUUGUUGCUGCUUGUACGGCCUGGAAGUCCUGUCCAGAGACGAAUGCAGAGACAUUCUUCCACAACCUGUGCACUUCCCUCCAUGAGAUGAUGCAGGUCACCACACUCUCCCAGCUGUAGAGGAAAGCUUCCUGGGAAUGUGUUGUUCUUUGGGUGACACUUGAGUCUCGCCUUGUUUUUAACACCAAUCAGUCGACCAUGUGUAGAUGAGCUAGCACUGACAUAUAAAGUGCCUUCACUUUUAGUUGCAUUAAUACUUUGAGUAUCAGGUGAAGACCUGUGGAAUUACUAGGCUUCCGAGUGAAAUCCUAAAAAAUGUGAUUGUCAGAAAGCACUUGUAACACGAAGAGCAACAGUUAGUAAUUCUAGACUCCUCUCUUCCAAGGACAUUGUGGCUCCCCUGCAGUAAUAAGAUCUAACUAAUGAACUGAACUUAUGCUAGCAGGAAUAUAUAUUGGAAAUGACUGAUUUGUCUUAGACUGAAAAUGAUCAAAACUUUGAAAAAAGGUUUUGUUAAAAUAUACAGCUAUGGGAAAAAAAUAAGAGACCGCUUCUGUUUCUGAAUCAGUUCCUCUAAUUUUUAUAUUUAUGAACUACAGACAACAUUUCUCCCAAAUUCCAAAUAAAAAUAUUGUCAUUUAAAGCAUUUAUUUGCAGAUAAUGAGAAAUGUCUGAAAUAACAAAAAAGAAUGAUGCAGAGCUUUCAGACCUGAAAUAAUGCAAAGAAAACUAUAUAUUUAUAACGUUUUAAGAGUUCAGAAAUCAAUAUUUGGUGGAAUAACCCUAAUUUUUUAAAUCACAGUUUUCUUGCAUCUUGGCAUGUUCUCCUCCACCAGUCUUACACACUGCUUUUGGAUAACUUUAUGCCUGCACUCCUGUGCAAAAAAUCAAGAAGUUCAGUUUGGUUUGAUGGCUUGUGAUCAUCCAUCUUUCUCUUGAUUAUAUUCCAGAGGUUUUCAAUUUGGUAAAAUGAAAGAAACUCAUCAUUUUUAAGUGGUCUCUUAUUUUUUCAGAGCUGUUUAUCUGUUCACACCUUGCAUCUUGUGAUUGGAUUUCGUAAAUCAUAUUCGUUGGAGGAGCUGAUUACGAUAAAGAGUCUUCCAGCCCAAAUCUAGACAAGGUACCUAGAUUGGCCUGUGCAUCAGCCACGAGUUUUGCCUUUAUCCAUUAUCUUGUUAUUGUAGCGCAGAUAAUGGAUGAUGUGGUCAUAGGUAGGUAUGUAUGUUUCAGCAGUGAUAUGGUUAAUGGGGCAGUGCUUUGCUGUAGGAGCUGCGUUAAUACACUUUGCAGUUCACACUACUAUAAUAAUGUGGUCAUAUGUGUGUCUGAUUUUAAUUUGUGUUAAAAUCAACUGAUUUUAACACAAAUAACUGAUUUUAAUUUGUGUGAUAAGAUCACAUGUCGUGCUCCAGACAAGUGCUUCUCACACUGUUCUAGUCGGGGGGCCCUUUGUUUAUGGUAUGUACCACUGCAGACCCCCAACCCUGCAUACUCAAAACCAAAAACUUCAGGUUUUGUAAAGUUUUUCUGGGAUUUAUUUAUGAGGCACCACAUUUUAAAAGACAAAGACACCUGAUAAUGAUAAUAGACAACAGAAAUGUACUGUGUACAGUACAGGCCGAAAGUUUGGACACACCUUCUCUUUUUCAAUGCGUUUUCUUUAUUUUCAUGAUUAUUUACAUUGUAGAUUCUCACUGAAGGCAUCGAAACUAUGAAUGAACACACGUGGAGUUUUAUGAACUUAACAAAAAAUGAGCUGUCCUCCACAGUCACCGGACCUGAACCCAAUCCAGAUGGUUUGGGGUGAGCUGGAGCACAGAGUGAAGGAACUCCUUCCUUCCUUCAAGACUGUUGGAAAACCAAUUCAGGUGACCACCUCUUGAAGCUCAUUGAGAGAAUGAUGCCAAGAGUGGGCAAAGCAGUAACCAGAGCAAAGGGUGGCUAUUUUGAAGAAACUAGAAUAUAUAUAUAUAUUUUUUUAGUAAUUUCACCUUUUUUUGAUAAGUAUAAAACUCCACAUGUGUUCAUUCAUAGUUUCGAUGCCUUCAGUGAGAAUCUACAAUGUAGAUAGUCAUGAUAAUAAAGAAAACACAUUGAAAAAGAGAAGGUGUGUCCAAACUUUUGGCCUGUACUGUAUAUAUAGAUAUAUAUAUAGAUGCAUGUAGUUUUUUUUUUUUUUUCCUGUGGCCUCUCUUGCACUCUAUUGCUGCCUUCUAGGGGUCCACAGUUCCCCCAGUUUGAGAACUGCUGCUCUAAACACAUGAAGCAAAUUCUAAAGAGUAGGUUUAAAAAAAAUACAAAGUGUUCAGUAUAAUGUCCCAAUAUGCUGUAGUACAUCAGUCAGCCCUAACGUUAAAACCACAAACUUAAAAGUUAAUAUAAAAAAUAUUAUCUGGCUACUUUAACAUCUGUCAGGAGGUGGGAUCUACAGUAAUACUACUACAUAUUAAACAGCAGGUCGGUUUUUAAGGUUUAUGUGGAGAAAAAAAUGUGCAAGUGUAAGAAGAAUCUGAGCAGGUUUCACAAGAUCUGUGAUGGGAUAAGAAUAAGAAAUAAGAAAAGGAUGAUUAAAGCACAAGGGAAGAGAAUGUUUCAGAGCUGUGUUGUUGGAACGUGGUCAUACACCAUAUUAAGCAGGUGGUUUUAAUGUUAUGGCAGUUGGUGUGUAGUUACUGCAACAUUAAUUCUGAUAAUUAUAAUAAUAAUAAUCCUUGUGAUAAAAAAAAAAAAAAAACUUCGUUCAAUAAAGUUUAAGAGAAUUUCAGUUGAGCUAUGCAGGCAUGUAUAGAAACUUUCAAGUAGCAAGUUAUUUGUCAUUUUUCCUCCCAAUACAUGUGAAAUUUAGUAUAAUAAUAAUAAUAAUGACUGACUGGCACAGUGGAAGAUCUUUUUUUCUAAGUUUUAAAAAAUGUGUUUUUCUCUAUAUUGUUUGUGAUUUUAGUUUAACUAAAGUUGUCCUUCACAUCCAGACACAGCAGUGAGUGACUAACAGGACGAGCAUCAAAUACGUUAUUCUGUUUCUUUUAAUGAGCCUCAGGACCUUGCUGCCUUAUUCAGAGCCUUUACCCACAUGCGAUUCCUACAGACUAAACUGUCAGCAUUGUGCCAUGGUAGCUCUCAUGAUGAUCCUUUAGGUCUUGCUUUAGAGCAGCUAGUGGGCUUUUAAAACCAAAUGCACAGUAAAUGCACCUGUACACACUGUAUUGUGAUUGUAUUAAUCUGAAACACGAAGAACUCUUAUUUGUGCACAAAUCAAUGCAAAAGCACUGUAAUCAUGCAGCCUUAACAUUUCAGUUCACACUUGUUUUCUGAUUUCUUCUGUUAUAAUUUAGUUUUGCAAAUUACUAGUUACCACUUAUACGUUUUUAUGGCGCCAAGUUUGUUUGUGUCAGACGCUGCACUGUAACUGUAUUGAUUAUUUUAUUCAAAUGAUUUUUGACUCUUUCUCUGCUUUUAGAGUAUAAAAUUAUAGAAUUUCUGUCUGGUUAAAGCUAUUUGAAGAUUUUCUUUUAAAGCAAACGACUUUUAAUGUUUAUUUAAUGAGAGAUCAAAAGAAUGUUGUAAGCAGCAGUUUUGAUUGUUUGAAUCAUAUUUUGGUAUCUUUUAAAAUGACAUUCUCAGUUGAAGAAUAUUAGAUUUUUAAGACAACUAUGAAUCAUACAUUAGUGGAGAAAGGGACCGGUUACAUCCUAACUGCAGCUGCCCUCCCUAGGAAACUGAAGAAAACUAAAAAAUAAGACGCAUGCACUUAAAUUGUCAAUUGGGUGGAUGGCUGAUUUGCUUUGAAAUAAAAAAUGCU